AUGUCGUCCGUCCAUCCGCACUCGCGCGAAUUUCUACAGAAUGCGGAGACACAAACACUUGUCAUUUUACUCGAACAAGCAACAAUGCCCAGUGAAAAGGAAAAGUUUGGCAUCACUAAACACCACGUGAACGUCGGCACCAUCGGCAGCGGAGCCCCGCACAAGGCGAAUACAUCCCAGGCAAAGACGAGUGACUUCUCCGAGACAGGCGGCGCCAAUUCUGCGGCGGAAAUGGACAAUGGUAAGGCGCCGAAAGAAUGCGCUUCGGACCUCGCGGCUGCCAAGAAGACUCCAUCUGAGUAG